GCUGGCAAGCAAAGAAGUGGAGAAAGGAUAAGAAGAGGCAAUUGAUGGCAUGCUAAUGCCACUGCACACUAGAGUUUUAAAUCUCACUUUCGUAGUUAUCUCUAAUGUUAUGCGGGGCCCUAUGCAUGAGCUAAAUAGUGAAGACACUCUCCUUGUCUUUAGUGUACAGUUAUUGUGAAACUGCACUUGUCCCCACACACUUAUGAGUUAUGACUUAUGACUUAUGACAUUAACAAGCUUGCACAUUCAUGGCUUCUUCUCUCUUCAGUAGACACCCACUGUUACCCUUCUCUGAAUUCCAAGUCACAUACUUUUUAUCACUAACACUUGCUUUUCACUUCAUUUAGUUUCUUUUGGGCUUCUUGCUGUCCUUUUUUUUUUAAUUUUAUUUCAGUGGAGGAAUGAGUGAAGGGGUGUCUCUCAAGGUGAAGCUGAGUCUGAGUAUGGUUUUUGUGGAGGUGUUUCUUUUGAUUUUGAGUCUGAAUGAAUGUCACUGCAGCCCAUUCAAUAAUCAUGGAGGCUCAUUGUCAACUGACAGAAGAGUGGAUGGUUUUCUGCCUGAGAUCUCUCCAAAUUCAGCUCCUCAGCCCCUUCUUCCUCUUCUUGCACCUUCUCCUUUCGCACCUUUCACAAACAUUACUAUCCCAAAGUUAUCAGGACAAUGCACGUUGAAUUUCACUGCUGCUCAAAGUUUGAUGAGAACGACAUCAACUGAUUGUUGGUCUAUUUUUGCGCCAUUGCUGGCUAAUGUUAUAUGCUGUCCCCAGUUAGAAGCCACCCUUGCAAUUCUUAUGGGCCAAUCCAGUAAAGAUACCAGAACUCUUGCUUUAAAUGAGACUGUUUCAAAGCAUUGCCUUUCAGAUAUCGAGCAAAUUUUGGCUGGUCAGGGUGCAGAAAGUAAUGUGAAUAAGAUAUGCUCAAUUCAUCUAUCAAAUCUCACUGGAGGGUCUUGCCCUGUUAAGGAUGUCAAUGAAUUUGAGGGCACUGUGGAUUCUUCUAAGCUUCUUGCUGCCUGCGAGAAUAUUGAUCCCGUUAAAGAAUGUUGUGAUCAAGUUUGUCAAAAUUCCAUAUUAGAAACUGCUACAAAACUUGCACUAAAAGCUUCUGAAGUAUUGAUCAUAGCUGGGUCCCAUGGUUUAACUGAGCACUCAACAAAGGUUGAUGAUUGUAAACAUAUUGUACUUCGAUGGCUGGCUGGUAAACUUGAGCCUUCCCGUGCAAAGGAGGUUCUCAGAGGACUAUCUAAUUGCAAAGUUAAUAAAGUUUGCCCUCUGGUUUUCCCUGACAUGAGACAUGUUGCAAAGGGCUGUGGGAAUGAGAUUAGUAACGAGACAGAAUGCUGUCGUGCCAUGGAGAGCUAUGUGUCUCACUUGCAGAAGCAGAGUCUUAUAACUAACUUGCAAGCUCUGGAUUGUGCUACAACUCUAGGAAUGAAGUUACAGAGGUCUAAUAUUACAAAAGAUGUUUAUAGCCUUUGUCACAUAACCCUUAAGGAUUUCUCCCUUCAAGUUGCAAAACAAGAGUCUGGAUGCCUUCUACCAAGCUUGCCGUCAGAUGCAACAUUUGACCAUUCCUCAGGGAUCAGCUUCAUCUGUGAUUUGAAUGACAAUAUUCCUGCUCCAUGGCCGUCAAAGUCUCAGUUAUCAGCACCGUGCAAUAAAACCAUCAAAAUCCCAGCACUUCCUGCUGCUGCAAAUGCUCAAAGUGGUCUUUACAAUGAAGAUGUGGUAAUUUAUGUGCUGUUUGCUGCCUCAGCUGUUACCAUGAUGCUCUUGUAG